AAUAUACGAGCUUAUCUAUUGGUGACAGGGCGCUUAGAAUUUGAUUUAAGGCAGCACUGUUUGGCCCAGCUUCUUGCGGGCAGACCGUGUCCGACGGUCCGAUCUGACACAUACUUGUUUCAUCUUACUACUAGUCAAUAAUGCUCACUUUUCGCAUAUAUUUUAUUCGGCUAACACUGUUUAUUCAAAUGCCACCUUCUAUUUAACUUUCCUAGUUGGUAGGAGGGGCAAAGAGAGAUAAUUCCGUCAUUAGAGUCAAAUGUAUAAGCGGCAUAAUUAUUUUUGGUCGGUCAACAUAGUUUGUUAUAAGACCGCAUCGAUCGAGUAAGCUGACUUCGAGAAUACAUCUUUUAGCAUUUGGCUUCUCACAAUUUCUUUUCGGUUACUAAUGGGACCGUAAUGGACACGUUGGUCAACAUUGAGUUCGUUUGGCGCGGCGCAAGCCACAUCCCUAAUCUUUGAAACUUUGUAUUAAGCUGAUCAAAACAAGGCCAAUUCCACCGUAAUUCAACAACACAUAAACUUCAUGUCACAGUCACAGUUUACAUAUAUACAUGUGGAAGAGUGCAGAGAAUCUUCCCUUUUCAGUGCGACGUGCAGAGCUGGUUAUCGCCAGUUCCGCUCCAUAACUCAGUAUUGACUUUGUGGAAGCUAACAAUGCAUAACCUUUAUUCUCACUUCCUUAACAAAAAAAUUACAAUACGAAUUAAAACUACUUUGCGACUUGUUCUAAAACGGCGUUGCUUUGUGUGCAACGGUUGCAGAAAGAACAAGAAAGCGGCAAUUCUGGCGGUGGCUUGUGCACAGAACUUUUUAUUAACUAUUGUCGUGCCGCAAAGCUUUGUUUACGGCAAAAAAUCGCAUUCAUAGGAUUUGGAGCAACACUUUAUUUACUUUCUGUUCGAUUGAGCUGUUUGGUAUCUAAAAGUUUGUCAUGCUGGAUAAUAACUCAACCCGCGCCGCUAAUUAAUAACCUAAGUCUGUUGUUGUUCUGUCCAAUGAAAUGAAAGUCAAAUAAUCAAGUUGACAGCCCCUUGACAGUUGCAUUGUAUGUUACCUGUUGCCAUGCGCACUUCGAUCAAUCAGCAAUUUGAUAAGUUAGUGACUGUCUGCGGAAAAAAAAGAUGCUAAAAAUGUCCACAGAAAAGUAUCCAGCCACUUUGAUAUAUGCGCUAGGCACUUCAGUCCACGGAUUUUUAUCGGAAGCGAGCUGGCGUUUACGUCUCUAAAUGGUGUCAUAUGCUUGAGCCAAUUGUUCCCAGAGCUUGAGGCGCCGAGGAUAUCCGGUAACAUAACAGAGAGGCGAACUGUCCGUCGUGUAUACAUUCCGUAGGAGACUCAAAUGUCCAACUUGAUGUGUGGCUCCUAUUUCAAUUGUGACCCUGCUGAGGACAGCGAUGUUUGUUUCAUAGAGCUUAGAAUGAUUAUGCUCGCUAUAAGAUGAAUGCUGAAGAAUUCUUUAAAGGCCUUGCUGAGAAAGACAAACUUGCAGUGAUCAACUUUGCUUUGCCUGGAUUAGAUAUAUUUCUAGAGGAAAUUUUAGCCCAGGAAAAUCUGAGUGAAAAGGGAGAAAAAAUACGGCUUGAUUUUGUGGCCAUUCUCGACAACCUUGGAUCGAAAUCACGCGUUCAAGAAAUACACACUUCAACGAAUAACGACAACGAGUCACCUCAGGAACAAUCGCAAGUUUCACGGUCAGGCGACGACCUUGUUUUCGUCAAAGGUUACACCGAAGACAGCACAGAGCAAGCGCAUUGGCCAGAAGAAACUGCCGUUCUAGACGAAAAGGAAGGUGCUGACAUUCUGCCAUGCCGAAAAGGGACAGAUAGCACAGAGGAAAGUGGAAUCUUUCUAUGUAGUUCAUCACUGCAUCAGUCAGAUGCUACGGCAUAUAAAGUCAAAGACACUCUCAAUCUACCUAUGUUGGAUUCAGUGGAUGCUUGGUCUCGAGACACAAUCAUCUCAGAGACAGGCAGUGCAGAGAUUGAAGUUGUUGAUGGCUGGGAAAGUGAUGUUAAUGGUCAAGAAGAAGGAUAUUUUACAGGGGAUAAUGUCUUUGUUGACUACACAGUUGAAAAACUUGACCUCCAGCCUAAUGAGUUUGGGGAACUUCACAGUGGUGCGAUGUACAUUAGGGAGCAUCCGGGAUGGCACAAGAGGUGGUUUUCAAUAAAUGAUCAAUGUUUAACAUGUUUCCGACACAGGUCUGAGACUAAGAUGUUGUUCCAGAUUCCACUUAAAGGAGCAAAAAUUAUUCCAACAGAUAGAAAGAAAAGUAGAAUGUUUCCAUUCACUUUGUCAGUUCCAAGAAUACAUGAGAGCAUUACUUUUGCAACAACAGAGGAGCAAUCAAGACAGGAGUGGGUUUACAUGGUGAAUUAUGUCAUUUCAAGACUUAUCGAGGAUGAUAGUAGUCCUGACUCACCAGAGAAUCAACCUGCUAUUUCAUAUGACACUUACCUUAAACUCAUUGGUGAUGAAUCAAGUCCAAACAGGAACAGUCUUACUGUGGACACACUGGAAAAGUAUGACCAGUCAAGGAGGAGAAAACUUUCAGGUUGUCUUGACGGGACUAAAAUUAUGGAACCUCGUAGAAGUUGGACUGAUAAUCAUGAUAAUGCACACUCAGAUGUUGUUGCUGGAUCUUUGUCUCCAUGGAACAUAGCUAGUGUUGAAGAUGAUGAAGAUGAAACACCUGUCAUGGACAAUGACCUUGCACCAGGACUAGAUGAAGAUAAAUCAUUCAGGGAGCUACAAGAGAUAUUACCAGAUAUUAUACAAGGAUGCAAGAUUCCAGAAGAGGGAGGGAAAAUGAAGAAGAAAAUCUUCAAGGCCAAAUCUACUAAUAAUGUAGGAAAAGUCGAUAACCCAGAGGGUAGUUUUCUGUCAGCAAGCAGUUGUGAAGGAAAGUCUUCUUCAGUCUCAGACCUUCAAAGCCCAAAUUCCAAAGUGAAGAGACAUGGAUCACUGGUUAAUUCAUUGUCAUCUAAGGCUCUGCGUGUCAAGUCAAGGAUAACAGAUUCGUUCUUCAAGAAAGGUCGUAAAGAUGACAUCAAAACACCGCGUGAGUUGACUUCAUUUCAAAGCACAACAUUUUCUGGAUAUUUGCUUCGAAAGAAAGGACCACAUUGGAAAAAUCGUUGGUGUGUUGUAAAAGAACAGUCGCUGUUUUGCUAUAAAGACUUUGGGAUCGGGACAGCAGAGAUUCAGGUUCCCUUGCAUGGUGCUUCGAUAAAAAUAUUGGAUGACAACGAUGCGGAAUAUGACAAGCCCCACAUGUUCGUGUUAACAUGUGAUAAGGAAGAGCCCUUGUUUGCGGCUGAAAAUGAUGCUGAACUGGAGGAAUGGAUAAUGGUUCUGAAUGAGGAAAUAAAGUCGAUUGAAAAUUCGUCAAGUCCCGUGCCAGAUUCACCUGAGAAAUCUUUGGGUGCAUCUCCUACUUCGUCCCCUGUACUAGGAAGCCCAUCGCUUACAGACUACAAGGAAGGCAGUAAGAAGAACAAGGAUUCUUCCCCUGUGGGUAACAAAAAGGCGUCCAUAUUUAGUUCAAUUGGGCACAAGCUGACCAAAUCGAAACCCAAAUCUGUUCCCGGUGGCACGGCGUUAUCUGUUCCUAUAGUAGAUGUAACCACAAGUGCUAGCGUAGAGGAUGGCUUUGUUUUGGUGGAGCACAGUUCAAAUGUUGAAAGCAGUUCAGGCUCUUCAGCUGUGGCGAAGAAACCCAAUAAAGUUUCAAGACUCGAAGUGGCCACUUCUCAUACCAUGGAAGGCUUUCUUAAUCAACUUGUCGAGGAUGAUACAUGGCUGAAAUGCUGGGUAUGUUGCUGUUACAUUCCUUCAUGUCGCAAACUCUGUCUUAUGUUAUUGUUCGGUCAUUUUGUUCAGGGUGUUGUCAUGUUCUCUGAAAACAUGACUUGCACGAGUCUCUCUUAUUUUACGAGUUACGUCACGGGCUUUGCGUCUUGUGUAAUCCAAUUCGGUUAUGAAGAAGAAAGAAAGACAAGAAGUAAGUUACAUCGGUCCAUCUCUAACGUCAUCCCGGUCAUCACACAUUUUCCUGGUAAGCGUAAACGCCGCAGUCGGACUGUGCCAAAUGUGAACGUAUCACCGGACCUUAUCGUGAAUGUCAAACACUCUUCAUGCCUUUUUAUGCGAAACGGUAAAGGGCUGUGGACAAAGCGAUGGUGCGUUUUACAGGAGGACAAAUUACACGUGUUUAGAAGACCCGACGAAGUUUCACCUGUGUUGUCAAUUCCUUUAACACAGUGUGAAAUACGGCGCGCCAGCAGAAAGACUAAAAAGUUCAGUUUUGAACUGAAUGUCCCCUCGGAGAAGGAGGAUUAUUGUUUCGCUACUGAUACCGAGAAGGAAAUGUUAAGCUGGAUCAGGCUGCUGAGAGUCAUAGCAGAGGAAGGAGACUCCAAUAAGAGUUUUACGAAAGAACUACGAGACAUCGCAAAUGGUGACGCUUUGCACGAUUCGAAUUGUAACGUUAUCGAACAGCCUGCUUUGGAAGAGACAGCAAAUCAGUCACCAGUCGAUAUCGGGCAGAAUGAAAGCGAGGUUCACCAGAAAGACUCCAAUUCUCCGGUGGAGUUGUACAAGAAUAACGAAGUUUUAACAACAAACAAUAGGAGUGAAGACUCGUCAGAACAAAGUCCUGUGAACUUCUCUUCAGCUGUGAAACCCACAUCGCUUGAUGGCGUGCUCAAACUUCUUCAAGAUCAGCAGUUAAUUCAACAUCUUGGACAACAGAAAUUUCACAAAGUUAAAAAGGCUCAAAGAGCGUGGCAGAGGUCAGCGGCUGCGGCUUUGAAGGAGCAUCGUUCUGGGUCUGUUACCCCGGAUGUGGAGAAAAGCGAACCUGCUUAUCAAGAGGAAGCAAGGCGCAGGACCUUGUCAACGUCAUCGACGCAAGCAGCACGUAAAGAAAUUGGUUCCUCUCCAUCACUGCCUCGCCUAGGUGCUAAUGAAAUUAUAGAACAGUUUGAAAAACUUGCUGAAGAAGAAAGAUUAAGAACUUUGAAAAAGGAAACUUUGUUAAAGAAGCGUCGAAACUCACUCACGCUUGAGAAAGAUGUACUGAAAAGAAAGAUGACCAAGGGACAAGAAAAGAAAAACACCGUGAAGAAGCUUCUUAGUAAAGAUGAAACAGCGAGCAACGAGGAUAGGCAACGCGUCGAAGAAAGGCUUCAACAAGUCAAUCAAGAACUGGCAACCAUUGAAAGAAACUUGAUGGAUAACAAAAUGAGCGAAGCGCAAGCUUUGGACAACAUCAACGUCAUGAAAACAAAGACGGUGCGAAAGCACUCUUUUGUCAAACCCACUGGGAACAAAAUGUCGGCGGAUGAGAGGCGCAGUGAAUUUAAAACUUCUUCCGAAUCCACUUCCUCUCAGGGGUCUACAGAGGAAAAGCUCGAGAAAGAUUCAGCCAAUGCUCCACAGACGCUCGAGGCUGCACGCAAACAGAGCACUGCUGUAUCAUUGGCUGUCCUUGAGAAAGAACUCAGAAAGAUUUCGCCGGUCGGUGGCCGAAGAAUACCCCUCGCGGGUGAACCGAGACACGGUAGAGUCUCAUUGUCUUCUGAGGGAUCUCAAGAGGACUCUACUGUAAGGGAUUCACCAAUCUUCAGCAAGAAAACAGCUGUGGAAAAGCGAGUUUCAGUUGGCUCGGAGGGCUUCGCUGGCGAUCAGUCCUCUCUUUCAAGGCCUAAAGUAUCGGACAGCGCCGAGUUAAGACGGAAGAAGUUUUCCGCUUCCGGUUCCAGUGUGGCAUUUCACAACGUGUCCGUUGAAAUUCCGACUGAAGACGAAAACAAGCACGAUGACGAGAAACCAGGAGGUCACAGAUUGUCUACCUCGUCGGAAAGGAGCUUUGCUGAAAUGUCUCGCAAGUUGUCAGUUAACUCAGAAAGAGGUUUAGACGAGCACCGUGCCAGCUUGAUGAAUGCUUUAUCACAGAUUAAGGACUUUGAAGACUUUGCUGCCAUUUCCAGAAGUGAGAAGUGGAACAAAUGACAUGUUUUAGCUGGUACCUCACUCUUGAAUAUUAAUAUAUUUUAUAUGCAUACGGAAGUCUCCAUGACUGCAAGAGAUGACUUCGCCCUCACGCAGACUUACAAUUAAUUAUACUUUUGCAAACGUAUUCUGUUUCGGGUUACGGACGUAAGUUGUUAAGUGUAUGACUGGUUUGUUUAUUAAUUAGUAGUUAAAGGGAUAUUAUCUUGCAAUGACAUUUAGGAUUAGAAACAUAGUGAUAACGAAGAAACAUGAUAAUGAUGUAUGGAAAUGUUUACAAUUUUAAAUAUCUCCACGGUAUGUAAAUUUUCAGUUUGCUUUCACGCGCUGUUUUGCAGAAGAUGAUACCUUAAUGAUAUGACCUCGAUGUAAUAUAAAGGUAACGCUCGUAAGUAAUUUGGCAUAACUAAACUACCAAGCUUAAAAGUCUGCUCAUUUGCGAGUAAGGACAGUAAUAAUACAUAUGUGCUUCUUUUCCAUGAAAAUUCUUUCAAAGAAGUAUCACCGCAUACAAUGUAUUUAUAGCACGAUACGAUAUGACAAGACCUAGCAUUUGAUAUGGCACGCUUCUCACAAAUUUAUUGCAGUAGUUAACUUGAAGGGCAGGACAAAAGCUCUAAGAUGUGAGACUGAAUUUCAUAGAACAACAAGAUUUUUAUAUCUCUCUAGUAUUGUUUAUAACCUACAUUUACACUUGUGCACUGAAGUGUAGCCGCGAUGAUAACAUUUGUAGGAGGCAUCGUAAUAAAGUCUGCCACCUACAAAUAACUAGCGUGGUAAUGAGCGGUCCUCAACGUUCCUCGUUAAACUAAGACACAGUAAUCGUACGUAACUAAAGAAUCACUCAGAUAGGGCGGCGAUGAACCAAUCGGAGUAAAACCUUGGAAGCUCACGGUGGAAAUUGUUUGGAUCACUGUUGGUUUAAUUUUCGGUAAUUGAUUAGUUCACAUCUUUGUUGUUGUUGUUUACAACACGUUGGCGAGUAUUUUCAACCCAGGGUAUAUCUCGACUACAGCAAAACCAGAGAAACACAAGAUUUAAGGAACAGUUGAAAAUCGCUCUACACCAAAACACUUUUUAAUGUAUCUGUUUAUAUGUAUGGAACAACAAUUAACAAUGGGUCAGUAAGAAAAAAAAACUUUUAGUCGAGGGUAGUUUAAGAGUUUAAUUUUUUUUACGUUCUUUUUUAUACUUUGUUUCAAAAGCGUUAAGUCACACAAGUAUUCACGUAUUCAAAUUAUUCAUGAGUUCUUUUUUUACUAUGUCUUUGUAUCAUGCUUUGGAUUAGGUCAGGUUUUACAACUCGAACAAAAGUACAAGAAUAUUUGAUUAAGGAUGAAAACGAUAAGCAUUUAUUUCAUAUUUAUUGGAACCUUACGUGAUCUCGUGAAUUUACUCGCGCUGUAAAUAAGAGAUUUGCUCGGCGCGCUAAAGUGGCGUGGUGCUGCUUUCGUGGAAUAGUAUUCUGUACGGUAAUUACUGUGAAGAAAUUUUGUAAAAUGGCUGUUAUUUGCUGAAGAAUGAACUAUUUGAUAGAGAUUUGAAAUAUGAUGUAUUGGAUAUGAGAAAUAUAAAAUAAAGGAAAGAUUAUGGUA